AUGGGAAUGAAAGCUGUACUUAAGACCGUUCGUCAACAUAUCGAUGCAAAAGAAUUCAAGAAAGCAAGGGACAUUAUAGAGGAUCUGUUGAAGCAGGAUGUAUCUGAUUAUUUGUUAUUCGUCUUCGCGGCAAUUACAAAUGGGGAAAUUGGGAAUGAUUGCCAGGCUAUUAGUUAUUACAAAAAGGCAGCCGAACUUGAUCCAGAGAAGCCUUUGGCAUGGCAAGGAUUGUAUAAACUUUAUGAACAAGGGAAGUAUGUUGAUUUGGAGCAAGUCGUAAUAGUAAUCCAAAAUCUGUUACGCAUUCCUGGGAUGGCUCCAGAAAAAGUUUGUGUGUAUGAGAAAGAAUUGGGUUCUAUUUUACUGAAAUUGAAAAGAUUUGAUGAAGUUUUUUCAAAUACCGACCGAUUAAAUGAUGCUGAAUUUUGUUAUGAAGCACUUAAGGCGAUAUUGUCCGCUGAUGACUCAAAUGGUAACCAGGAAAUUUGGAUAGAACAGUGUUUAACUAGAAUCGAUAGUGGCAAACUGGACUGUAAAAUUCACCAGAAAUGUGCACUGUUGCGUUGUUCUUGGGCAAAGACAAUGGAAGAAAUACGGAAUGUAUUAAGCCAGCAUGUUAGAUACAUUCCACUCGAUGAUGGAUGGCUAACUAAUUUAUUGCGAUACUUCGUUAUUAUCUCCUAUUUGGAGCUACGUCACGUAGAACCUUCGAGCGGUAUUGUCGACAUGUUGGAAAAUGCAGUAGGGAAAGAAACAGAAUUCGAACUUCUGCUUGGAUACAUUGAGAAGGAACAAACGUCAUUAUCGAUCAAAAAUAUUGAUGAAAAUUUGAGGAACGAUAGAUGCAAAUGGCCGUAUAUUGGUUUAGCCAUCCCACUAUUGCUCUUUCAAGAACGAUAUGAGCAAGUUUUGUCUCUUUUGGAUGUAACAAUCCCGCACUUACAUCCCGCAAUUACUAAAGCUUUAAGUGAUGAAAUUUUCUGUGCUAAAUGUGAAGCACUGUACGGUAUUCAUAACGACAGCGCAUUGGCGCAAUUAAAUUUAUUGUUGACUGAUUGUUCAGACAAAGCAAGAUCUUUAGCUGAAAAUGCUUCAAAAAUCAGUCCGUCAUGGCAGCGGUUACUGGUUCUUGGCGAAAUUUGUUUGAAAUUGAACAUCGAAGAUGCGUUUGCUACGUCAGCUCUCGUGAAGGCAGCGAAGCUGAAUCCAUACAGCAGCAAAGUUUUCUUUUUUUUGGGAUUGAGUUUGAAGACAAAAAAUCGAAUCAAAGCUAUAGCUUGUUUGGAAAGAGCAGCGAAGAUUCGUCCGCAAGAUGCGAAGCUAUUAGACGAACUACUUACUUUGGAAGAUCGCAAUGAAGAAGCGCUUAGGCACAUAUUGCAAUAUUCAAAAAUUGUUCCCAAAGACCUUUGGGCAAGGAAAAGAUUGGCUUUACUGGAGCUGCAAAGUGGAAAUAUUGAUGCAGCAAUUGAUCAAAUGCAACACUUUGUUGCAUUUGAUAAGACAGAUGCUAGCAUUUGGACUGCACUAGGAGAUGCUUAUAAAAAGCGCGGAAAUUACCAAAGUGCUAUCAAAGCUUUCAAGGAAGCAAUAGAUCUUGAAUCAGACAAUGAAAUUGCUCAAAUUCAGUUCAUACAAAUAUGCCAAGUUACUGGCCAGUUGGAAGAAGCAAUUGAACAAUGUUUGAAAUUGGUGAAACGUGUUGAAAGUGGCCAAAGCAACACAAAUUGUGUAUAUCUGUUAUAUGCCGAAUCCAUUCUGAAACUAGCUCAAAAAUCAGCUUACUCUUUGCAAUUUGGCCUCUUAAAUAAAUUUUUCGGCUUGAUCGGAAAAGUUUUUGAUCGGAAUCCAGGAUUCAUAUUACCCUUCAAACUUGCUGCUGAUGCACUUUUGUUAACAUCGAAGUAUCACGCCGAUACUUUCCAACAUUUUGAAUUUCCUAAAACAUGGAAAAUUGAGUCAGUGCCGGAUGCUGUUGAAUUAGCUGUUCGUUUUUAUUGUUUCAUGGUAAAAACAUAUCCGAACUGGGCUAGUGCCUGGAAUGAUUUGGGUGUUGCCUUGCUACGGAAAUGCCAACUGACGGGAGAUAACUCCGGAUAUUCGAACCUUGUCGAGUGUUUUAAACGUGCCAUCAAACUUUGCUUAUCGAAAACAACGAAAUCGAUGUAUUGGACAAAUCUUUCGGAAGCAGUUGGAUUUUUAGGGAAUGCUUUAACAGUACAACAUUGCCUUAUACGGGCCUUGCAGUUGAACAUAAGAAACGAUACUGCUUGGUUUUUACUUGGCUUAUUGUACCUAAAGUUCAAUCAGUAUGAUUUAGCACGACAUGUUCUCAAUAUGGCUCAGAAAAUCAAUCCCGAAUCAGCAGAAAUUUGGUGUGUUUUGGCAACAAUGGCAGAAGCAGAAAACCAUUAUGAUACAAUGGAUUUAUAUAGACAUUCGUUAACGCUGAGGCCAACUGAGCUGGCAGUGAAAAAAUAUACAAAUUAUUUGAUGAAAAAUUUAGCCGAAGGUAAACAAUCUGAUGAUGCAACAAUGUUUGAUUUUGAAUCCGUUCACGAAAUUAUUGGUAUAAGUAAGCGCACUGAUGAAUUUAUUUUCUUUGUAAGCUUAUUGGCUGAACAUUUCUGGUAUAUGGAUUAUGCGAUGCAUUAUAUCACUUGUUGCCAUGACUGGCCAAAUGAAGAUAUUAGCAAAUUGCAUAAACAGCGAAUAGCAUUACGAAGUGGUAAUCAACAUUUGUUGGAAAAAGCAGAUUCAAUCCAAAAUUUGUAUGUUCUAUAUUCAUCGACUACACUCGAGAUCUAUGAAAAGUUAUUGCACGAAUGUUCGAUUUAUGCGCACCUUUUUUCCACUCUCGAACUAAAUGAUGUUGACCGCUUUCGUGCAAUUUUGAUGGAUUUGAAAAAUAAAAUACAAAUUCCUCUUUUUAUUGCUGCUGUUCUUUAUUUCCAGAAAAAAUUAAGUGAUGAUUUCGUCAGUGUCCUGCGUGACGUAAGGCCACGUCAUCAGAUUGUCCUCGUUUAUCCUGCUUGUAAGCAGUACGAUGAAAAUGAUGAAUUUUCGUAUAAUAUAAGCGAAGAGUUGAACGAAAAAACUAUUGUACGAUAUGAUAAUAUGUCAAAGCGACUAUGCGACUUGUUGGCAUUACGCGUUGAACAGUACCAUGCAACGACCAGCAUUGGAACAAAUUGA